CUUCAUUUCUUUCCAACAGAACUUCAAACCAGAGAGUUUCAGAAAGAGAUAGAAAGAUAGAAAGAGGCUUAGCCAUGGCUCAAACUAUGCUGCUAAGUUCUAGCCAUUCAUCAGUUGUGGAUUUCAAGAGACAGCCUCUUUUGGAAGGUCUAAAGCCAAAGCCUUUUUCUCAUUUCAUUCUUCCUCCACUCCGAAAUUCACCAUCUUCUUCUUCUUCAUCAUCAUUCACCACCAUUGCUCUUUUCAAGCCCAAAACUAAAGCACCAGUCCCUGUUAAAAAGGCACCAAAACCUAAGGUUGAAGAUGGUAUAUUUGGUACCUCCGGUGGUAUUGGAUUCACCAAGGCAAAUGAGCUCUUCGUCGGUCGUGUGGCCAUGAUUGGUUUUGCAGCAUCUUUGUUGGGAGAAGGAAUAACAGGAAAAGGAAUUCUAGCACAGCUGAAUCUGGAAACUGGAGUUCCAAUUUAUGAGGCAGAGCCCCUCCUACUGUUCUUCAUUCUCUUCACUUUGCUUGGAGCCAUUGGAGCUUUGGGUGACAGAGGACAGUUUGUAGAUGAUCCAACAACUGGGAUCGAAAAGGCUAUAAUUCCGCCAGGGAAGGGAGUACUACCAGCUCUUGGCCUAGGAGAAGGAGGACGAUUGUUUGGAUUCACAAAGGCGAAUGAGCUGUUUGUUGGGAGGUUGGCUCAGCUGGGAUUUGCAUUCUCUUUGAUAGGAGAGAUUAUAACUGGGAAAGGGGCAUUGGCACAGCUAAAUAUUGAGACUGGUGUACCAAUCAAUGAGAUUGAGCCACUUGUUUUGUUCAAUGUUAUUUUCUUCUUUAUUGCUGCCAUUAAUCCUGGAACUGGUAAGUUCAUUUCAGAUGAUGAAGAAGACUAAUUAUAUAUGUACCUCCCCAUUAUUAUCUCUUAUCUAUCUUAAUUCAUCAUCAUCAUCAUUAUCGGUAAUUAGUAUGUAGUCUUGUUUACUGCAUUUUAUUCUCUUCCAUGUAAUUGUAAGCUUGAGUUAAAUAAUACACCAAAUAUGUUUCAUGAU